AACCACUUUGCUUCGAUCACCACCGAUGCUUCCUCUCUUCUCUCGAAUCUUCCACUAAAGUAGAGAUUCCUACACACACUUUUGACAAUUCCACCGUGUUUUCACUUCUGUUAAAUGUACUUUUCAAAGAUGUAUUCUCCACAAAUUCUUCUUACCCAAAACAUACGUUGCUUUUAUAAUAAAAUUAUAUCUUCAAGCUGUGUGAGUGUUCUUUGUUUGGCGAAUAUAAAUACACGUCAACAACAACAAGGACACACUUGCGCUCUAAUUACUACUACUUCCUCUGCUUCCAUAUUAUUUUACAAGUUUUUGCUACUAAUUUAGAUAUAUUACUUAAUUUUGUGGCCUAAAUAUGAGCGAUACAAAGUAUGCAUAUCCUUACCCGGCACCGGGAAAUUAUCCCCAAGGUCCACCGCCGCAGUAUUAUCCGCAAGGUCCACCUCCGCCGGUGGGAGUACCACCGCAGUAUUAUCCUCCACCACCACCGCCUCCGCCACCAAAGCGGAAACCUGGUUUUCUUGAAGGACUAUUAGCGGCUCUGUGUUGUUGCUGCUUGGUGGAUGAAUGUUGCUGUGACCCGACCAUUAUAUGUAUUGAUUAAGUAUUAAGAAAUCAUAAUCGCUCACUCUAUGUCUCUGUUAAUUCAUUAUGGUUGUUAUAUGGGAUUUAUUAUUUAAUAAUCGUUGCAAUUUCAUGUGACUACUUUACUUACUUUCUAGUCUCUUUUAUAUCACAGAUUUGUUAGACAGAAAAAAUUUUCUGCAGCUCAUGAAUAAACUAGUAAAAUCAGAUCAAUUUAUUCUGA